AUGCCGCUCAUCAUUCUCUCUGGCCUGCCGACGUCGGGCAAGUCGACGCGGGCCCAGCAGCUCUACGACUACCUUGCCGAUCGGAUCGCCCAGCAGUCGACGCCGUCGGUGGAGGGAGGUCUUCCGGGUGCGGCGAGCCGUGGGACUGCGCCCCAAUACCGGCUGCACCUGGUGUCGGACGACAGCCUCUCGAUCUCGCGGACUGUCUACGAUCUGUCACCGCCGGCGCUGCCGGCACACACGCGGUCAGCCAACGCGUCCGAGAAAGAUGCGCGCGCGGCGCUGUAUGGGGCGGUCAAGCGGGUGCUCUCGCCGCGCGACAUUGUCGUCCUGGACGGGCUCAACUACAUCAAGGGCUGGCGCUACCAGCUGUCGUGCGAGGCUAAGAACGUGCGGACGCCACACGCUGUCCUGCAGAUCGGCUGCAGUGUUGAGCAGGCGCGCAAGGUUAACGCGAAGAGGUUGGAGCAAGAGGGACAUCCAAGCUCGGAAACGGACGGUGCCAAACCCUACGCCCAAGCCAACUGGGACAACCUCGUCUUCCGCUACGAGGAGCCCAAUGGAAUGACCCGCUGGGACAGCCCGCUGUUCGUGCUCACCUGGGAUGACGACGAGGCCAGAGCACGCGUCGUCUUUGGCCAGAUCUGGGAUGCCGUCGCGGGCGAUGGCCCGCGCAAAGACGUCCGGCCCAACAUGGUGGCCGUCCAGCGCGGCAAUGACGGCGGCGGCGACUACCUCUACGUCCUCGACCGCGAGACCCAGGACGUCGUGCGGCGCGUCGUCGCCUACCAGCAGGAACAUCAGGACGGCGAGGGCGGCAUCGUUCCCAUUCCUGCUGACAAAGACUUGCUCGUCCACUUGCCAGGCAACCAGGUUAGCUUAGCCCAGCUGCAGCGUCUCCGUCGCGCCUUCCUUGGCCUCAAUCGUGGCGGCAUUGGCCUCGAGGGCGCUAGCAAGCUCGCAGGACCACGCAUUCGCCAAAGCUUUGUCGACUACCUCAACGAUGUCUUUGAAAAGGAGCUGUGA